AUGGGCCUGCCAAGCACGAUGAAAGCUAUCAAGAUUGUCGAGACCGGCAAGGCUGAGAUUCAAGAUUCUCCGCUGCCGAAAUUGAGAGAUGGGACUUUGCUUGUGAAGAAUUCCUGUGUGGCACUCAACCCGACAGACUGGAAGCACAUUGACUGGAUGCCAACCCCCGGAGCAACAGUCGGCUGUGAUUUCGCCGGAGUAGUUGUAGAAGUCGGCCCAAAUGCUGGGACCAGAUUCAAGAAAGGCGAUCGUAUUGCCGGUGUAGUCCAUGGGGCCAACACUCUCCGCCACGACAGCGGGUGCUUUGGUGAAUACACUGUUGCCAACCCAAAGGGCUCAUUCAAAAUCCCAGACAAUGUCACCGACGAGGAAGCGGCUGGAAUGGGCGUGGCGACUGCCACGAUCGGCUUGUGUCUUUACCAGAAGCUCGCUCUGCCGAUGCCAGGCUCGAUCCCUGCUGAGUACCCGAUUUUGAUAUAUGGAGGAAGCUCAGCCAUGGCUAGCGUGGCGAUUCAAUAUGCGAAGCUUUCGGGAGCCAAGGUCAUUACGACUUGUUCGGCCAGGAACUUCGACUUCGUCAAGUCUCUGGGCGCGGACGAAAUCUUCGACUAUAACGAUCCUGACGUUGGUAAAAAGAUCCGCGAAGUUACAAACGACAAGCUCUACCACGUAAUGGACUGCAUUGGCGACGGUGGAGCCAAAAUCUGCCUGGACUCCCUGUCUUCGUCUGGCGGCCAGAUCGCCACUAUCAACUCCCGGGCCAUUUACGACCGAGACGAUAUUCGACUGAAGAAGGUCAUCGCCUACAGCGCAAACGGUGAACCAUGGCGUAUGGCAGGCAACGAUUUCCCAGCAACAAAGGAAGAGACCGACCUUGCGAACCUGUACUUCCGCCUGAACGAAAAGUUGAUGGGCGAAGGCAAGGUCAAGGCACAUCCACCGAAGACGGGCCAGGGGCUGGAGGGAGUUCUGCAGGGCUUGGAUGAGAUGAGACAGGGCAAGGUCAGUGGGGUGAAGUUGACUUACAAGAUCUAA